AUGGAAAAGCUUUCAGUUUACGCAUUCCCUUCCGACUCAGACGAGUUCCUGCCUCCGACCCCUCCACCGGUCCGUCUUUGUCAGGCAUUCCGUUCCUCGUCCCGGUCCAUGACCGCGCCAGCCCCGUCAGCCAACCUUGCUUCCACCCGGCGUUCAGCUAGGCAAGAGCGGGGCCCAAAGCGCGGUUCCGCUAGCCAGCCCCUACUGCAACUCCACUACAAAGAUUGGACGACACCUAAGCUUCUGAAAGUACUCUUUGAAAAGUCCAUUCCUAUUCCCGUCGGCGGAGAUCGCAUGUCCCUAUUUGUUACCUAUUGUGAAGCCUUGUCAGCCGAGCCGAUUUUUCCCCCCCGCUUGCAAGCUUCAGCCGUCAGGCCCUCCUCUUCUGCUACUCUUUCCGUUCCUGUUCCUGCUGCGCAUACGCAAGACUCUGCUUUCGCAGCCAAGCUCCCCCCGGCGGCGCAGUCAACGCAGCCACAGCAUCUGCCGCAAUCACUCACCCCGCCCAUCCCCUCCUCCAGCAGCGCCCCUCAGGUCACUUUUAAUCAGCUGCAACCUCUGCUCCAGCCCAUUAUAGACUCUCAGCUAGCUCUCAGCGCCCGUCUUGACAAACUGGAAAAUCCUGCUUUGGCUCCACCCGCCUUCAGUUCCAGCACUCCUGCUUAUACCCUUGGCAUCGCUACCCGUAAGUAUUCCGGCAAGAAACGCCUUAUUAUUGACUUAUCCGCUCCUCGGGGCGCUUACACACGCAGCAUUAACUCCCUCAUUUCAAGCGAGGAGUUCUCUCUUCACUACAUUAAGCUCUCAGAUGCCAUUCAUUUCAUCAAAAUUGCAGGUCAUGGAGCCUGGCUCGCCAAAGCCGAUAUCUCCGAUGCAUUCAAGGUCAUGCCUAUUCACCCUUCCCUCCGUCACCUUUUCGGAGUCUGUUGGGCAGACAAGUUCUAUUUCUCCACCCAGCUCACUUUCGGCUGCCGCAGUAGCCCAAAAAUAUUCGAUUCCUUGUCAGAAGCCCUUAUCUGGAUUCUGCUCAACUCCUAUCAUGUCCCCUUCUUCCUCCAUCUAAUGGAUGACUUUCUGCUUAUUUCCCCCCCAUCAGAUCCUCCAGCCCAAGCAAUUAAUCAGCUAAAGACCCUCUUUUCCUCAGUCGGUGUCCCUCUUUCUCAAGAGAAAACCAUCGGCCCUGUUAACUCCCUGGAAUUCCUCGGCAUCACACUCAAUACAGUGAAAUUCGAAGCCAGCCUGCCUCUUGCCAAACUCCAACGCUUACUUUCACUCAUUAACAAUUUUCAGAUCUCCUCUUUCAUUAAGAAGAGGGACCUCCUGUCUCUCCUCGGCCAUUUCAAUUUCGCCAUUCACAUCAUUCCCCAGGGCAGAACAUUUAUUUCACAUCUCCUAGCCCUCUCACCAACGGUCAAGAAUAUGAAUUCUCAUGUGAAAAUUUCAGCCGAAGCCAGGAAAGACAUAAAGAUGUGGAUCAGUCUCCUUUCUAACUGGAAUGGCCUCUCUAUAUUUUACGACGAUUUCAUUUCAGCCCCCCAUGACCUUGCCCUCUUCACUGACGCCUCAUCCAUCGGAUUCGGCGGGUUCCUUGUUCCUGAAUGGUUCUCUAGCACUUGGCCCCCUGAAAUUCAGCUCCUUCCCCCUCAAGAGAAAUCUACAGCACUUCUAGAAAUUUAUCCAAUCGCGGUGGCCGCUGCCCUCUGGGGUCACCAAUGGUCAAGAAAAUCAAUUCUUUUCUUCAGCGAUAACAAACCCACAGUACACAUCAUUAACAAAGGACGUUCUUCAUCCCCCCUCAUUAUGCGCCUGCUCCGUCGUCUCAUAUGGUCGUCUGUAUCUCUCAACUUCCUAAUACAAGCUCGUCAUCUUCCGGGUACCCAUAAUAAUGCUGCAGAUGCUCUUUCUCGCCUACAGGUAGCCAAGUUCCGUCAGCUGGUUCCAUCUGCCUCCCCAAACCCCCUCCAGACCCCACAGUUUCAUCAGCUACUUCUGGACUGA